AUGGGGAAGAUCAUUUUCUACGAGGACAAGAGCUUCCAGGGCCGCCGCUACGAGUGCGGCGCCGACUGCGCCGACCUCCACUCCCACUUCUCCCGCUGCAACUCCGUCCGCGUGGAGACGGGCUGCUGGGUCCUGUACGAGCGCCCCAACUACACGGGGUACCAGUACGUGCUGACCCGCGGGGAGUACCCCGACCCGCAGCAGUGGUCAGCCUUCAACGACAGCGUCAGGUCGUGCCGCUGGAUCAAAAACACCUACGGGAAUUCGUACAAGAUCAGAAUUUACGAGCGCCCGAACUUCGAGGGUCAGAUGGCGGAGCACGGCGAGGACUGCCCGUCGGUGCAGGACGCCUUCAAGUUCCGCGACGUGCAGUCGUGCGCGGUGUCUGACGGUGCCUGGGUGUUCUACGAGCUGCCCAACUACAGGGGGCGCCAGUACUUCCUGGAGCGCGGCGAGUACCGCCAGCACACGGACUGGGGCGCCACCGCGCCCGCCAUCGGCUCCUUCCGCCGAAUCACUGAGUUCUGA